GAGCAGAGCCGUAGAGAGCAUAUCCGGGCCCCGGGGGAAAAUUCCGGGCCCCGGGGGAAAAUUGCAAGUGCGGGCCCUUUCCAAUAAUGUCUAAUUCUUAUAAAUACGUAUAAUCUCGAGUCCGGGCCCCUCUGAGAACUCCGGCCCCGCGGGAAAAAGUACCCUGCACUGCCCACCCUAAAGAUGUAAGAGACAAGUUGAGAAACAUUCAUCUCGCUUAUUUUCCUCCCAACAUGACUUCGUUACUGCAACCAAUGGACCAAGGCAUUAUCUACAACAUGAAACAACAUUACAGAAAACGAAUUUUAACGAAUAUAUUGAUUCAAGUGGAUGAGGGAAAUUCUGUUAUGGCCAUAGACUUGCUGCAAGCAGUUCGAAAUCUUAGCAAUAUAUGGAAUGUCUGUGUUAAACCAGAAACAAUUGCCAACUGUUUUAAAAAGGCUGGAUUUUCAAAAGAUGCUAUUCAGAUUCCAUUUGAGCAUUGGGAUGAAGAGGACCUUCUUUCAAAAUCGGAUUUGGCUGCUUUACAGUCUUCAUUUAAAAAAGUAGCAAAUAUCGAAGCAUCGUUUGAUGACUACGUAAAUGUUGAUAAUGGUGUGCAGACUUGGGACAACCCAUCCGAAGAAGAUAUUCUCAACAGCAUUUUUGAAAGUCGCGGAGUUCCAGCUGAACCUGAUAACGAUGAACACGAUUUGACCGUUGAAGAAUUGGCAGAAACUGAGGAGGCAUUACCUACGUUGAUACAAGCUGCUUCAUCCAUUAGCGAAAUUAGAACCUUUGUGGAAAUCAGGAGUGACGUGCCGAUUAAUGUUUUCAACUCUCUACAUGAUUUGGAAGCUUUUAUUGAAAAUGAAAAAUGGAAGACUGUAAUUCAAACCAAACUCACUGAUUAUUUUAAAUAAAAUUACAUAAAAAAUCAAUGUUUCUUUAUAAUGAAGUUUCUAUAUAGUGAAGUGAUUUUCAGGUCCCGUGCGAGUUCACUAUAUGG